AUGACACUACUCAGACAUGCGACCACUGUGUUAGCAGUGGCGCUUCCGCUCACUUCUGCCUCACCGCCAACAAAGAUCCAUGAGCCAGGCAGGUGCGCCAUUCGCGGUCACUGUGGCAAGCAGGGGUUCUUUGGCUCCGAUCUUCCUUGCCCAGAUAACGGCAAAGCAUCCACACCGACCUCCGAACUGCGUCAGUCAUUAGUCGAUCUAUGCGGUCCAAAAUGGAACGAAGGCGAUGUCUGCUGUGAACAGGAGCAGGUCGACGCCCUGCGCACGAAUCUCAAGAGAGCAGAGGGCAUUAUUGCCUCAUGUCCGGCCUGCAAGGACAAUUUCUUCAAUCUGUUCUGUACAUUCACCUGUUCGCCCGACCAGUCAUUAUUCAUCAACGUCACGCAAACCGAGACUACAUCAGCAGGCAAGGAUAUCGUUACGGAGCUUGACAACAUAUGGUCAACAGAGUACCAGAGCGGUUUCUACGACAGCUGUAAAGAAGUCAAGAAUGGUGCCAGUGGCGGCAAGGCCAUGAGCUUUAUUGGUGGCGGCGCAAAGAACUAUACUCAAUUUCUCAAAUUCUUGGGCGACAAGAAGUUUCUCGGUAGUCCUUUUCAGAUCAAUUUCCUGGAGGAGCCGAGACACGAGGACAAGAACGCGCGACCACUGGACAUUACGCCGCAUGCUUGCAACGACACGGACCCAAAUUUCAGAUGCAGCUGUGUUGAUUGUCCUGCUGUAUGCCCGACACUUCCGGAAGUCAAGGACGUUGAAUACUGCCACGUUGGCGUCGUACCUUGCCUAUCCUUUGCCAUCAUUAUCGUCUACUCUGUCGCUCUAUUUCUACUGGUCACGGCCGUGGUCGGCCACGUGGCAUGGAUCAAGCACAAGAAGCGAGAGUCAGAACGUUUGCGACUUUUACACGACGCAGCUGCGAGCGAUGACGAGGACGACGAGGGUUAUGUCCGUAAUGCUGGGGUCCUGGAUAGGCCUUAUCGCAAGUACUAUCUGAAUCAGAUUUUCGACCGGGCUUUCAGUAAACUCGGGAGCUUUUGUGCGCGCUUUCCAGGCCUGACGAUCGGAACCAAUGUCCUCAUUAUCGGGUUGUUGAGCCUUGGAUGGCUCAAGUUCGAAGUUGAACUGGAUCCAGUCCGUCUGUGGGUCAGCCCUGACUCUGACGCUGCGCAAGAGAAAGCAUUCUUUGACGCAAACUUUGGCCCCUUCUACAGGACCGAACAAAUGUUCGUGGUCAAUGAUACCGAAGGUGGCGAGGUUCUGAACCGUGCAAAUCUGGACUGGCUGUUUGGCGUGGAAGAGAAAGUUGCCAAAAUUUCAGCAGGCGGCGACGCUAGACUCACGUUGGAUGACUUCUGCUUCAAACCUACAGGCGACGCUUGUGUUGUUCAAUCGCUCAGUGGCUGGUUCCAAGGCAGCUUGACUGAUGACUGGCAAGCCACAAUCGAACACUGCGCUGACUCUCCUGGCGCUUUGGAAUGUCUCCCACCAUAUAUGGAUCCGCUUCUCCCUGGCCGCGUGCUCGGCGGCUAUCACGGAGUCGAAAACGUUACUCAUGCGAAGGCCAUGACCAUCACAUGGGUUGUCAAUAAUCACGAGCAAGGCUCGGGCGCUGACAAGAUCACCCAAAUCUGGGAGCAGGCGCUCAAGGACGAGUUGCUCGAGUUUCAGAAGCAAGCGUCCAAGCGUGGCCUCCGUAUGUCGUUCAGCACGGAAAUCAGUCUAGAGGAGGAGCUGAAUAAGUCCACCAACACCGAUGCCAAAAUAGUUGCCAUCAGCUACGUGGUCAUGUUCAUCUACGCAUCACUCGCUCUCGGAUCUGGAGCGGUGACUCUGCAGUCACUUUUCUCGCAUCCAUCGAACGCAUUCGUCCAAUCGAAAUUCACUCUCGGUGUUGUCGGUAUCCUGAUUGUUCUGAUGUCAGUCUCUGGGUCCGUUGGCCUUUUCUCUGCGGCAGGUGUCAAGGUGACCCUGAUCAUCGCCGAAGUCAUUCCAUUCCUGGUGCUGGCUGUUGGCGUCGACAACAUCUUCCUCAUCGUACACGAGUUUGACCGAGUCAACGUUAGUCAUCCGGACGAGGAGAUAGAGACGCGUGUAGCCAAAGCGCUCGGUAGAAUGGGCCCCAGCAUCUUGCUAUCCGCCUCGACCGAGACGAUAGCGUUCGCUAUGGGCGCUUUCGUGGGCAUGCCUGCUGUCAAGAACUUUGCAGCAUAUGCGGCCGGCGCAGUCUUCAUCAAUGCCAUACUACAGGUGACCAUGUUCAUCUCAAUUCUGGCCCUGAAUCAGCGUCGUGUGGAAAGUCUGCGUGCGGACUGCUUCCCAUGCAUUACUGUCAAGCGUGCAAACUCGGUCAACAUGCCGGGGGGACACCUUUUCGGUAGUGAUGAGGAAGGCGCGUUGCAGCGCUUCAUUCGCAGAUGGUAUGCGCCAAAAUUGAUGGACAACAAGAUCAAAACAAUCGUUGUCGCGAUUUUCAUCACUAUCUUUGGUACUGGUCUGGCGCUCUUGCCGGAAAUCGCGCUUGGUCUAGAUCAGCGAAUCGCAAUCCCGGCGGACUCAUACCUGAUCAACUACUUCAAUGAUUUGUACGCUUACUUUGGCCAAGGUCCACCGGUGUACUUCGUCACACGCGAUGUCAAUGCAACACAGCGGGUAUCGCAGCAAGAGAUCUGUGGCCAGUUCACCACAUGCCAGGACUUCUCACUGCCACUGAUCUUGGAGCAAGAAUCAAAGCGACCUUCCGUGUCAUACAUCAAUUCUGCCACAGCCUCAUGGAUCGACGACUUCUUCUUCUGGCUGAAUCCGAAUAACGAGAAUUGCUGCGUCAACGAAGACGAUAGCCCAUGUCUUGCGGACGGAGAAUGGAACAUCACCCUCUCAGGCAUGCCCGAAGGCCACGAGUUCAUCGACUAUGUCUCUCGCUGGAUCCAAUCACCUACUACCGAGGAAUGCCCUCUUGGUGGCCAGGCUGCCUACUCAGACGCCCUCGUCAUCGACCACAACAACACCAACAUUCCCGCCUCGCACUUCCGCACCUUCCACACCCCACUCCAAAGCCAAGAAGACCUCAUCGGGUCGUACGCUGCUGCCCGCCGCAUCGCCCGCGAGAUCUCUGAUGCUCAGGACAUCGACGUCUUCCCGUACAGCAAACACUACAUCUUCUUUGAUCAAUACUCCAGCAUCAUUCGACUCACAGCAACACUCCUCUGCAUCGCUGUCGCAAUCAUCUUCGUCCUAUCCUCACUCCUUCUCGGCAGCCUGCUCACUGGCGCAGUCGUCGCCGUCACGGUGAUCAUGAUCCUCGUCGACAUUAUCGGCGUCAUGGCCGUCGCAGGUGUCAGCCUCAACGCUGUGUCGCUCGUCAACCUGGUCAUCUGCGUUGGCAUCGGUGUUGAGUUCUGCGCACACAUUGCGCGGGCGUUCAUGUUCCCAGCUAAAGCAAUCCUCGAUCGCGGACGCAACAAGUUCCGUGGGCGCGAUCUGAGGGCGUGGGCUGCGCUUGUGAAUGUGGGAGGGAGUGUCUUUUCGGGGAUCACGAUUACGAAGUUCUUGGGUGUGGCCGUGCUGGCGUUCACGCGGAGUAAGAUUUUCGAGGUGUACUACUUCCGGAUUUGGUUGGCGCUGGUGAUAUUGGCGAGUAGUCAUGCUUUAGUCUUUUUGCCGGUGGCUCUAAGUCUGACCGGUGGAAAUGAAGGCUACGUGAGUGGUGAGGGAGAGGGUGGCUUGAGAGAAGAUUUGGGAAGGAGAGGUAGAUAUAGGAGUCUGCUGGGCGAUGGAGGGAUGGGAGACGAUGAGGAUAGUGAUGAGGAGGGGAGUGUGUACUAG